AUGGAACUCUUGCCCAGUUCUCGAAGAAAGCCUCUCAGGGAUUGGGAGAGGAAUUUAUGUAAGAAGGCGGACGAGCUUUCAAUACUUUGUGGUACCGAUGUAUGCAUGAUCAUCUUCAAACCUCAGAAGACCAAACCAGAGACUUGGCCCCGAGAUUGUACACAAGUCCACCACAUUAUCAAAAAGUACAAGGCAAUGGCGAUGAAGAACAAUGAUAUCAAAGGUACAAGAAGUCCUUCAUCCCUGGGGGCAGUCAGAGACGCCACAGAUGCUACUACUGCUCAUUCUACUUGUAGUCAUGUAACAAAUAACAAGAUGAAAUUGGACUUAAAUAUUUCUGAUUCUUAUGAUUCAGAAUUGAUUGGAGAUGAUGAGGCAGAGCUUGCUACACUGGAAGCUAUGCUGCAAGCUAUAGCCAAGAGAAUUGCUUUACGGGAGGCAACACAUAUUUAA